GAACGGGGCCCCGAUAGGGCAAAACUAACAUCUCAGACUUUGACACAACCCCCAUCUCCGCCACGGCCACGAUGAGCGGCGAAAACGGGUUUUCUCCGGCCGGCGACCCUUUUCCGCCCAGUGCAAAUCUCGACAUCACCCUUAGGUAUUGAAGUUUUGAGGCUCACUAGAGUGAAAAUGGAUUGGAGUUCCUGGGAUAACCAACGAGAUUGACGAAGGUUCUGAAAACAGUGAGCAACUGCUUGAGGAAGAGAGUAGUGAGCAUGAUGUUGACAAUGGACAAGUGUUUAGGAUAGAGAGCACUGACCUUGAGGACAGCAGUGAGCAAGUUCUUGGGAUCGGAGGCAAUGACAUUGCAAACGAGAGCAACCAAGUGCUUGAAUUCAGAGGCAAUGAUGAAGGAAACACCAACCCAGAAGUGCUUAUGAUUGAAAACGAGCACAAUGAAGACAAUAGUGUUGAAGCAUUUGAUAUUGAAAACAAUUAUCACGAGGAUGGAGGUGGUUGCAGUACAACAAUUAGUCAAAAUGGUGCAUCUGAAGGGAAGGGCUAUCCUCCACCAUCUUUGGGGAUGGAGUUUGAGUCAUAUGAUGAUGCUUAUAAUUAUUAUAACUGCUAUGCCAAGGAAUUGGGUUUUGCCAUCAGGGUCAAAUCUUCGUGGACUAAACGUAACAGCAAAGAGAAGCGUGGUGCAGUACUCUGCUGCAACUGUGAGGGUUUCAAAACAAUGAAAGAAGCUGGCAGCCGAAGGAAGGAAACUAGAACUGGAUGUCUUGCAAUGAUAAGAUUGAGGUUGGUGGAAAGCAACAGAUGGAGAGUGGAUGAAGUUAAGCUUGAACACAACCAUUUAUUUGAUCCUGAAAGGGCUCAAAACUCCAAGUCACACAAGAAAAUAGAUUCUGGUGUCAAGAGAAUGUUGGAACCAUCUCCCGACAUUGAAGUGCGGACAAUCAAGUUGUAUAGAACACCAGCCAUAGAUUUCACGGGCUAUGGAAGCUCAAGUGAAAGAGAAAUCAGUAGACAUAUUGAGCAAUCCAAGCACUUGAAGCUUCAAAAGGGAGACGGGCAAAUCAUAUACAAUUUCUUUUGUCGUAUGCAGCUAGCUAGUCCAAACUUUUAUUAUGUGACGGAUCUCAAUGAUGAAGGUCAGUUGAGGCAUGUGUUCUGGAUUGACUCUAGGUCAAGAGCUGCAUAUGGUUAUUUUGGUGAUGUGGUUGCUCUUGACACAACAUGCUUGUCAAAACAAUAUGAGAUUCCGCUUCUGUCAUUUGUUGGAGUAAAUCAUCACGCGCAAUCUAUUUUGCUUGGCUGUGGUUUGCUUGCAGAUGGAACAGUAGAAACAUAUAUUUGGUUAUUGAGGGCAUGGCUAACAUGUAUGUUGGGACGUCCUCCUCAUACCAUCCUUACAGACCAGUGUAAGGCCUUGAAAACUGCAAUUGGCGAGGUUUUUCCAAGGGCUCAUCAUCGUUUUUGUUUGCCACUUGUUAUGCAAAACAUUCUUGAGAAUUUAGGAGAGCUACAGGAAUCUGAGGUAUUUCGAACAGUAUUGAGUAGGACUGUUCAUAAUUCUAUAAAAUUGGAUGAAUUUGAAAGUGCUUGGGAAGAUAUGAUCCAGCGUUUCAGAAUUAGGGAUAACAUCUGGCUUCAAACUUUGUAUGAAGACCGAGAACGGUGGGCUCCCGUUCACUUGAAAGAUACAUUUUUGGCUGGAAUGUUCGGUUCUCAGCCUGGUGAGUCAUUCGGACCAUUUUUUGAGGGGUGUGUUCAUAAACAAACCCCUUUGAAAGAAUUCUUGGACAUGUAUGAAUCAGUUCUGCAGAGAAGGUAUCAGAAGGAAUCUCUAGACGACUUGGAGUCAAAAGAGCUGAGCUCCAUGUUGAAAACAAGGUGCCCUUAUGAGUCACAGCUCUGUAAACUGUAUACAAAAGAAUUGUUCCUGAAGUUCCAAGAUGAGGUAGAGGGCAGCAUGGCUUCUUGUUUGAGCGUAGCACAAAUUCAUGUGAACGGGGCAGUCGCAACAUUCCUGGUCCAAGAAAGGGAUGAAGAUGGAAAUCUGGGAGGGAUUAGGAACUUGGAAGUUACGUAUGACAGAGCGGGCGUGGAGGUUCGCUGCAUCUGUGGCUGCUACAAUAUCAAAGGCUUUCUAUGCCGACAUGCAUUAUGUGUUCUUAAGUACAAUGGUGUGGAGGAAAUCCCGGUGCAGUACAUUUUGUCACGAUGGAGGAAGGAUUUCAAGCGGUUGUACGUACCUGAGAUUGGCUCUGAUAGCAUCGACAUCAGUAACCCGGUACAAUGGUUUGAGCAUUUGUACAGACGAGCCAUGCAAGUAGUGGAAGAGGGGUUGACAUCUCAAGAUCAUUACAUGGUUGCCUGGCAAGCAUUGAAGGAGUCCUUGAAUAAGGUUAGACUUGUAGCAGAUAAACAUGCAUAAGUUUCAGGUGUAAAAUCUUUUUCAUCUUCCAUCUAUUUGUUGUUCAUCAUGUAUAGCAGCAAUGCACGAGAGUUUUCUAUUAUACAAGCCAAUUACGUCAAUUUUGGUUUCA